AUGUCUCUCGAAGAGUAUUCUAUCCCCAGCGAAGCAGCUGAGUUACUGCGCAAGGGUAUCCUAGAGAACCCGCUGCUCGCGUCAAAUAUUCCUUCAAAUGGGAGGGCCCUUGCUGCAUUUGUAAAAUAUGUCGGUGGCGAAAAGCCUAGUCUCCCAGUCAAUUGGCGCUUUGCCGAGAGCAUUUCCGCGUUGAAGGGCUUGGAAGCUCUCUGGCUGAACGCUAUGCUGAAGUCCAAAUAUGAUCACGAGCCGGUCAACAUCGAGAUCAACACCGAUCACGCGACACUGUUUGUCAUGUCAGCUCUGUUGGUUGAUAUUGUCAAUGAGAAGGGCACCACCCUCGAUGCCUCCUCGACUCCAAUCCAGCGGCUGAUGAAGAUAUUUCCAACUCGCGGAGAAGAUCUCGGCCAAGGCACGCUCCAUCGGGCAGCACUUACCAGUAUAUAUAAGACCAAGGAUGCCCGUUUCUACCAUGUUCACGGGAGCAUGAACGCGAAUCCCUCGUUGACCGCAUUGUCCCUACCCCUGGAGUACAAUGCGACAUCCAUGUCAGAUGCAGUCGAUCUGAUUCAAGAGCGCGUGUUGGAGUUUGACUCCCAAGAGCUUGACGUGCUGAUGAACGGAAAAUUCCGCCAGGCUGGUACAAUUUGUUAUACAGCCGAUGAAUUCAAAAAUACCGAGCACGGGAAACAAAACGCGCAUGCUGGACUUUAUGAGCUUCAACAUCUCCCAAACAAGGCACAAAAGCCAGUAUGGUGGAACAGCACUCCCCAGACCGGGGUCUCCCGUCCACUUGCAGGUCUGAAAGUGCUUGACCUAACCCGCGUGAUCGCUGGUCCCUCAAUAUCCCGGGGCUUGGCAGAGUAUGGGGCGAGUAUUAUGCGUGUGACCGGCCCCGGAGUCCUCGAUAUCUAUGCUAUCCACGCUGAUCUCAACUGGGGUAAGUGGAAUUGCUCAAUUGAUCUUAAAACAGAGCAGGGGAAAGAGGAACUCCGCCUUCUUAUUCGCGAGGCGGAUGUUAUCCUUGACGGCUACCGGCCAGGUGUACUAGAGAAGCUUGGAUUCGGAAGGGAUGCGGUCCUGGAGCUUGUCAAAGAUAGGCCUUUUGGGCUGAUCUAUGUGCGUGAAAACUGCUAUGGCUGGCACGGGCCCUGGCAGGGCAGAAGCGGGUGGCAGCAAAUCAGCGAUGCGGUGUGCGGUGUCUCCUAUCAAUAUGGAAGGGCGACAGGGCAUGACGAGCCCGUGACUCCAAUAUUCCCAAAUUCUGAUUACUGCACGGGUGUCGCUGGGCUUUGUGGAAUCUUCGAUGCUCUCAUCAAGAGAGCCGAAAGCGGGGGCUCGAUUUAUGUCGAUACUGCGCUCAAUUAUUAUUCGCAGUGGCUUGUAAAUUCCGUGGGAGAGUAUCCGGCGGAUGUCUGGGAAGACGUAUGGCAGAGGCACAAUCGGCUAUCAUUCCGUCACUACGACAAUAUGCCUGUCAUGAUCCCAGCUGUCGUUAAAUCGCUCUUUGAAAAUAGUGGAGCACAGCUUUUCCAACCUCAAUUCUUUGAGAUUCGUUAUUCAGCUGCCGUGGACCGCCACUUCAAAGCUGUUCGACCAAUCCUUACCUUCCCCGGCAAAGAGGUCAGCCUGCAAUUCAAUGCUGCUAAAGGAGAUCUGAUACAAGGUCUGAGACAAUAUGCAUCAGAGCCAAGUUAUUUUGGACGGUCGGAGCGCGUGGAUCCUCCAGAAUAUUUAGGCAACGGGCCAUUUUCCGAUGGGAAGUCCCCGACUAUCUGCAACAUUGCGCAAGCUGACUACAUACAUGAUACCAUCCAGGAGCGACAGAGUCUCUUUGUAUCUUCAAUUCGGGCCUCUAAACAUCCACUGGAAGAGGCCGGUGGAAGAGGGCAGCCUGGUAUAAAUCCAAACUGCCCGAUCAGCAAUGGUCUGAUUAACUUGGUACUGAGCUGCGGGGCUCAUACUUUGCCGACACUUGACCUACUGGCAGAAGGGGAUAUCAAAACUCUUCAUCCAAAGACAGAUGCAGUAAAAGACUUUAUAGAGCAAAAGGACAUGUUGAUGAGACAACUGUCUGGAACACCCACUACCAACCCUGGUACAAAUACCCCCAGACUGGCGAGAUCACAGCACUUUGCACUACGUGGAAACCUUGGCUAA